UCACAAACAAGUAAAAAAUCUUUAAAAGUCGCAACAUCAGUCAAUGAAGAUAAUAUGCAUAAAAAAUCUAAAAAAAGAGAUCACGAAACAACUGGUUUAAGUAGUGGGGUAAACAAACAAAUGAAAAAAUCUAAGGUCGUGUCGAAAAAUAAUGGAACUAUCAUCAAGAAUGGAACCUUUGUAGCUGCAAAGCAACCAAAAUCUAAAGAUCCAGAGGAAAACUGGAUUUUGGCAACGGUCGUUGAUUACCGAGCUGAUACUAAGCACUAUGAAAUCGAGGAUAUAGAUAAAGACGAGGCGUUAAACAGGCCCGGAGAGCGUUUUUCGGUGCCCUCUAAAAAUGUUAUUGAAAUCCCUAAUCAAGGAGAAAUGCGAAUACCAGAAUUUCCACAGUCACAUACGGUUAUUGCUUUGUAUCCUAGUACAACAUGCUUUUACAAAGCGGUUGUGGUUACGCCCCCUAGCAAGUCAACACCUCGAAAUCAUUAUUUGCUUGCUUUUGAAGAUGAUGAGGGUGUCCACAGACACGUCGAAGCGCAUCAUGUCUUAGAAAUGCCUGAUGAUAUCAAAUGA